AUGAACACGAACGAUGGUGUAUCAGAUAUUGAAUCUUUGAUAGUCGAUAGUUCUAGGCCGCGAUCAGGUAUAUCUCAUAAUCUAAGAUUACCAAAAAUUUCCUUACCAUCUUUUUCGGGUGAAGAAAAUUGUUGGUCAUCAUUUCACGACCGAUUUAAAUCACUAAUUCAUGAUGAUUCGAGUUUGUCUACAACAGAAAAAUUCUUCUAUUUGCAAUCAGCAGUAAAAGGUGAAGCUGCAAAAUUAAUAGGUGACUUAGAAACUACUGAUUCAAAUUAUAAAAUAGCAUGGGAUAUGUUAAAAGACAGAGCAUUAAGGCAACUAAAAGAACCCGUAGAUGAAUGGGACAGAAUUUUAUUAUUUUUAUUAGAAGAGAAACUUGACAAAUAUACACGCAAGGAAUGGGAAACUAAAAUACAUAAAAUAAACUCCCCGAAAAUUGAUUUAUUUGUUGACUUUUUAAAGGAAAGAUGCAGCAAAAAUAAAAAUAUAAAUAAUAAUACCAAUGUAAAACAGAAUAAAGUGUUAAGUCACGCUUCUUUACAUACUAAAGAUGCAGUCUCUAGGCUAAAUUCAGUAAGGAAAUUAAAGGGUUGCGUAAAUUGUCUUCGCAAGGGCCACUUUGCUAAUGUUUGUAGAGGAUACAAUUGUAGCAUAUGUAACAAGAAACAUAACGUAUUAUUACAUAUAAAUGAAGCUAGUAAUGCAACUAGAUUUUUUAAUACUAAAGGAAAUUUGUCUAAUACAACAAAUAACGAAAAUGAACUUGAAAUUAAAUCUACAAUCGUCAAAAGUGGUGAAACUGCAUCCGAAAUUAAUAGUUUGAGUUCUACAAGUCCUAGUUCAUUUUUAGCCACCAGAUGCUUGAAGCAACUGGCUAUAGAAAAUUCAAAAGAUUUUCCCGAGGCAAGUCACGUUAUAGAAAACAAUUUCUACAUGGAUGAUUUAAUCUCAGGAGCCGACAGUGUAGAAGACGCCAUUUAUUUAAUCAAACACUUGAUAAAUAUUCUAGAUUCUGCUAAAUUUCCACUUCUAAAAUGGACGUCAAAUAGAACAGAAAUAUUUGAAAAUUUAAAUCUGGAUCUCUCUUCCUCUGAAUUUAUGAUUAAGGAUGGAUCCAGUACAAAAACGUUAGGAGUCUUUUGGUUCUCCUUAGAGGACGUUUUUAGUUAUUCCGCUAACAAAUUAAGUAUAAAAACUUAUACCAAAAGAUCGAUUCUAUCUAUAAUAUCACAAGUUUUUGAUCCGUUGGGAUUAAUCGCCCCGGUGACAAUAACGGCAAAAAUUUUACUGCAAAAAUUGUGGUCACUCAAGGUAAGUUUAGCUUGUGCAAAAUCCAAGGUAGCACCUUUGAAAACAAUUACCCUUCCCCGUCUGGAGCUUAUGGCAGCACUUUUAGGUGCACAAUUAGCUUCAAGGCUACUGGAAUCAUUGAAUUUAUCCUUUGAUAAAAUAAUGUUUUGGUGUGACUCCACAAUUACAUUGGCGUGGAUAAAAAGGGAACCUAGUACUCUCAAGACUUUUGUAGCUAACAGAAUAUCUCAAAUUCAAAGCUUAACGAUGAACAAUGAAUGGAGAUAUGUGCCUUCGUCGGAAAAUCCAGCCGAUUUCGUAUCAAGGGGACUACAACCUUCAGAAAUUAGCUCAUAUAAAAUGUGGUGGAAUGGGCCCUCCUUUUUGCCGCAUUCUAGCCAAUGGCCUUUAGCUCCAAAUAAUGGUAUUACAAAUUUACCAGAAACAAAACUUUCUAUAAAUUUAACCUUGGGAGCACAGAUAUGCAAUGAUUUUGACAUAAUAUCUAAAUACUCUAAUUACAAAACUUUAUUCCAUGUGACUGCGUAUUUAUUUAGGUUUGCAUCGAAUUGCAAAAGGUCAGUAAAACUCAGAAAUUUAGGUGAACUAACUUUGGAAGAAAUUAAUAUCGCUAAAUGUACUUUGAUAAAAUCAGUACAGUACAAGAAUUUUAAACCAGAAGUAGACAAACUCAAAUCAGGAAAACAGAUUUCACGUAAAAGCAAAUUGCUUCCUCUUUCACCAUUCUUAGAUUCCGAAAAUAUAUUGAGAGUUGGUGGCAGGCUGAACAAAUCUGAUCUAUUUUAUAACCAAAGGCAUCAAAUUAUCUUACCUUGUAAGGAUUAUUUCACAGAAUUAAUUGUUAAUCAUGAGCACAAAAGGCUUUUUCACGCUGGUACUCAAACAGUACUAGCUACCAUUCGAAAUGAGUUUUGGCCUCUUUCUGGUCGCCAAGCUAUCCGCAGAGUUUUACGAAAAUGUGUAAAAUGUUUUCGAGUACAGCCUACUGGACUAAUUCAAAAAAUGGGUGAACUACCUUCAUCAAGGGUUAACCCAUCAAAGCCAUUUCAUACGGCCACACACUUAGAACUAGUUAGUGAUCUUACCGCUGAUGGCUUCCUUAAUGCAUUCAAAAGAUUUAUUUCUCGUCGUGGUUUAUGUAGGCACAUUUAUUCAGAUAAUGCAAGUACCUUUGUAAGGGCAAAUAAGGAUUUAUUAAAGUAUUUUGAAUUAAGCCAAUCUCUAGUUGAUCAAGAGAUUACUUGGCAUUUUAAUCCUCCUUACUCUCCUCAUAUGGGAGGAUUGUGGGAACGUGCAGUUCGCUCUACUAAACACCAUUUGAAACGUGUACUUAACAACACUUACCUUACUUAUGAAGAAUUUUAUAUUCUUCUAUCUCAAAUUGAGGGCAUCCUAAAUUCUCGCCCUCUCCUUCCUCUUACCGAAGAUCCUGAUGAUCUACAGCCUUUGACUCCAGCACAUUUCUUAAUCGGUACUGCGAUUCAAACAAUUCCAGAGCCAGCUGUUCCUGCUGACCAUAAAAUUCAGUUAUCUCGAUACAAGCACAUUACUAUGAUGAUACAGCACUUUUGGACUAGGUGGUCCAAGGACUACUUGAACUUACUCCAGCAGCGACCCAAAUGGCGAGUUACUCAAAUUGACUCUAUCCAAGUGGGAUCUAUGGUGCUCUUAAAGGAAGAUGAUACCCCUCCAAUGAGUUGGAAAUUGGGACGCAUAGUAAAGACUCAUCCAGGCAGUGAUGGACUUGUUAGAGUAGUGACAGUAAAGACUUACAGUGGUAUCACUAAACGUGCCAUAAAUAAGAUAUGUGUUUUACCUAUAGACGAUUAA